AUGCCCCUGAACGCUUGUGAGACUUUACUCUUGGAGACUUCACCAGUGUACACUGUAAAAACAUGGUUGAGGACAAAGCUUGUUUCCAGUGACUCCACAAGCAGUCCAGAGUUCAUCCAGGAGCUUCUCCCGUCUGCAGAGCGAACGGCUCUCCUCUAUCAUCUCUCUUACCUGUGUUUGGGAAACUUCCCAAAGCUGGAGCGUCUGCUCAGAGAGAGAGCUGUUGAAACACAAAUGCUGUUCGGAUCUUCUGAGGCUCUUCUGAUGAAGUGUGUAGGAACCAGUGAAAACCUUGUCAAAUCGCUGCUGCCCAGUCUGAAGGUGGCUGCAGAGAAAAACAAACCAGAAUUCGCACUGAAAUUCCUAGAAAAAGCCAAAGGAUGGAUCAAUUCCAUCAUAACGGAUGUUAAAGAAAUUGUGAAGAGAUAUGAUAAACAUAACAGUGAUGUAGCCACAACAACCAGUGACAUCAUCACUGAAAAGGAAGAGACCGAGAAGAAGCAGCAGCAGCAAACCAGUGAGAUGGAGGAGCUUCAGAAGAUUAUUGAUGGUCUGGAAGAAAACCUUGGUAAAAUCAGUAAAGAGAUAGAAGACUAUGAGAAAAAGAUUGAGGUGAAAAAUGCAGAGAUACAUGAAUUCAUCAGCAGCAUCACCGACACCAAGGAAGAACAGACGACGCAGAUGCCUGGUGUGACGCCCACGAUGGGAUCAAGUGUUGCUAUAUUUGCAAUGAUUGUGCCAUUUGUGGAAAGUGUUAUGGGUUACAUUUCCAAAAUGGUGAUGGCUACUUCACAGGAAUCUAUGGUCAGAUCUCUUUGUGCUGGUUUAUCUGAGCUCACCACAGCACAGCAACAUCUGAAAGAACGAGAGUGGGACAUCCAGAACCAGCUGAUGGACAACCAGCUGAAGCUGGCCAAAUUAAAAAUUGAAAACGGUCAGUUGCCCAGCGUCACACACCUUGAUGAGGUCCAGAAGUGUCUGUCUCGCAUCCAGCAAAUCUUGAUUCAGCUUCAGAAGUUCUGGGAGAAAGUGGGAUCUUUGCUGGACACGCUGAAGGAAAGGACUUUCGCUGGGGAUGUUUGGAUUGAGGAGCUUGAAGAUCUGAAGGAAGAGUUCCUGGAGUCCAUCACCGCAGCUAAAGAGGGAUGGACAAAGUUUGGCAACAGCUGCAAGAAGGCCAACAACAUCUUCAGCAUUCAGGUGAAUGAAGCCUACAAGUUUCUGGAGAUCAAUCCUUCAUCUCUGUCUAAAGAAGAGUGGCAGAAAGAGUAUGAGAGCGUGAAAGAGAAACUACAGAAAAUCAGACCAAACGCUGGCAAUCCUGCAGCCAUUACGCUGUGAGAUCUACAAAGAUGAUUAACCAGGAAAUAUUCUGCUUUCUUUCAUAUUAA